GAAUUGUAUUUAACGAUUCGUAUAAAUAAAACGAGUGGACAGAUAACCAGUAAUACAGUUAAAAAUACGUUCAAAGAUAUUUUAAAAGGGCUUUGCCCUUAAUGUGUGGAAACUGUAUCUGAAAUGUUAUAAUAAACAGCGUUGUGACUGCAGGUUAAAAAUGAAUAAGUAUAAAACAGUAACAGGAGUCAUUGGCAAACGAGCGACGUAUAAUAUAAUAGCGUGACUAUAUUUAAUCCUCGCUGUCGCAUUUCGGGGGAUCCGUGCAGAGACGAGCGAGGAGACGAGCGGAAAGCAGGCGAGUCACGGUGUGAAAUGAGCCAGCCUCCGCCCAGCGCACAGAAAAGGCGUUUCACCGACAUAAACCGAAAACUGCAGGAAUGACGGACAAUAUCCCACUGCAGCCGGUGAGACACAAAAAAAGACACGACAAUAAGCAUAAAAGCGGAUGCUGCCCUUGGUCAAGAUGCUGUGGCAUGGGCGACUUCCAGCCUCGGACCGUGUGGCUGGGCUGCCCCGAGAAGCGGGAGCAACGCUACCCCCGCAAUGUCAUCAACAACCAGAAGUACAACCUCUUCACCUUCCUGCCGGGGGUGCUCUUCAAUCAGUUUAAGUAUUUCUUCAACCUGUACUUCCUGCUCUUGGCAUGCUCCCAGUUCGUGCCCGAGCUGCGCCUGGGGGCCCUCUACACUUACUGGGUCCCCCUGGGUUUCGUCUUGAUCAUCACCAUCAUGCGGGAGGCGGUAGAGGAGAUUAGGUGCUUUCUCCGAGACAAGGAGGUGAAUUCCCAGAUCUACAGCAAGCUCUCCACCAGAGGCACGGUGAAGGUGAAGAGCAGCGCCAUUCAAGUGGGGGACCUCAUCAUUGUCGAGAAGAACCAGCGCGUUCCUGCUGACAUGAUCUUCUUAAGGACGUCGGAAAGAAACGGGUCCUGCUUUCUGCGCACAGACCAGCUGGACGGAGAGACGGACUGGAAGCUACGGUUACCUGUGGCCUGUACCCAACGGCUACCCACUGCCGGCGACCUCCUUCAGAUCCGAUCGUUUGUCUACGUGGAGGAGCCCAGCAUCGACAUCCACAACUUCGUGGGGACCUUUACCAGGGAGGACGGCGACCCCCCGGUGAACGAGAGCCUCAGCAUCGAGAACACGCUGUGGGCGAGCACCGUCGUGGCCUCUGGUACGGUGGUGGGCGUGGUCGUCUACACGGGAAAGGAGCUGCGCAGUGUGAUGAACACGUCCAAUCCCCGGCACAAGGUGGGCCUGUUUGACCUGGAGGUGAACUGCCUGACGAAGAUUCUGUUUGGGGCGCUGGUGGUGGUCUCCCUGGUCAUGGUGGCCCUGCAGCACUUCGCUGGGCGCUGGUACCUGCAGAUCUUCCGAUUCCUGCUGCUCUUCUCCAACAUUGUGCCCAUCAGCCUCCGUGUUAAUCUGGACAUGGGCAAGAUGGUGUUCAGCUGGAUGAUCCGGAAAGAUUCCAAGAUCCCCGGUACCGUGGUUCGGGCCAGCACCAUCCCGGAGCAGCUGGGCCGCAUCUCCUACCUGCUGACCGACAAGACCGGUACUCUGACCCAGAACGAGAUGGUGUUUCGGCGCCUCCAUCUGGGCACCGUGGCCUAUGGCAUGGACUCGAUGGACGAGGUGCAGAGCCACGUCUUUAGCGCCUACACUCAGCCCCCGCACGACCUCCCCGCCACAAGGGCCCCAGCUGCUACCAAAGUGCGCAAGACCAUCAGCAGCCGGGUGCACGAGGCAGUGAAGGCCAUCGCGCUGGUGCACAACGUGACCCCCGUGUACGAGUCCAACGGCGUGACCGACCAGGCAGAGGCGGAGCAACACUACGAGGAUGCCUGCCGCGUAUACCAGGCCUCCAGCCCCGACGAGGUGUCACUGGUGCAGUGGACAGAGAGUGUGGGGCUCACUUUGGUCGGCAGGGACCAGUCCUCCAUGCAGCUGAGGACUCCUAGUGGACAGAUCCUGAACUUCACUAUCCUGCAAAUUUUCCCUUUCACCUAUGAGAGCAAACGAAUGGGCAUCAUAGUGAGAGAUGAGUCUACAGGAGAGAUCACCUUCUACAUGAAGGGCGCCGACGUGGUGAUGGCGGGAAUCGUCCAGUACAACGAUUGGCUGGAGGAAGAGUGUGGGAAUAUGGCCCGAGAAGGUUUGAGGGUCCUGGUGGUGGCCAAGAAGUCUUUAACAGAGGAGCAGUAUCAGGAUUUUGAGGCCCGCUACCUCCAGGCCAAGCUGAGUGUUCACGACCGCUCCCUGAAGGUUGCCACGGUGAUUGAGAGCCUCGAGAUGGAGAUGGAGCUUCUGUGCCUGACGGGCGUGGAGGACCAGCUGCAGGCCGACGUUCGGCCCACGUUGGAGAUCUUGCGCAACGCCGGCAUCAAGGUCUGGAUGCUGACCGGAGACAAGCUGGAGACGGCUACCUGCACGGCCAAGAAUGCGCAUCUGGUGACGCGGAACCAGGACAUCCAUGUCUUCAGACCUGUGACCACGCGGGGGGAAGCCCACCUGGAACUUAACGCAUUCAGGAGGAAGCAUGACUGUGCUCUGGUGAUUUCUGGGGACUCGUUAGAGGUCUGUCUGAAGUUUUAUGAGUACGAGUUCAUGGAGCUGGCGUGCCAGUGCCCGGCAGUGGUGUGCUGCCGCUGUGCCCCCACCCAAAAGGCGCAGAUCGUCCGGCUGCUGCAGGAGCGCACGGGCAAGCUGACCUGCGCUGUUGGGGAUGGAGGAAAUGAUGUCAGCAUGAUCCAGGUGGCGGACUGCGGUGUGGGCGUGGAGGGAAAGGAGGGGAAGCAAGCGUCGCUGGCCGCCGACUUCUCCGUGACUCAGUUCAAGCAUUUGGGCCGCCUGCUCAUGGUCCACGGCAGGAACAGCUACAAGCGUUCGGCCGCACUCAGUCAGUUUGUCAUCCACAGGAGCCUGUGCAUCAGCACCAUGCAGGCUGUGUUCUCCUCCGUCUUCUACUUUGCUUCAGUGCCCCUCUACCAGGGAUUCCUCAUCAUCGGCUACUCCACCCUCUACACCAUGUUCCCUGUCUUCUCGCUGGUCUUGGACAAAGAUGUGAAGUCAGAAGUGGCCAUGCUCUACCCUGAGCUCUAUAAGGACCUUCUGAAGGGUCGUCCACUUUCCUUCAAGACGUUCCUUAUAUGGGUGUUGAUAAGUAUUUAUCAAGGAAGCAUCAUCAUGUACGGGGCCCUGCUCCUCUUCGAGUCGGAGUUUGUGCACAUCGUGGCGAUCUCCUUCACGUCGCUCAUCCUCACCGAGCUCCUCAUGGUGGCGCUGACGGUGCAGACGUGGCACUGGCUCAUGAUUGUGGCCGAGCUGCUCAGCCUGGCCUGCUACGUCGCCUCGCUCGUCUUCCUGCACGAGUUCAUCGACGUCUACUUCAUCGCGACGCUGUCGUUCGUCUGGAAGGUCACCGCCAUCACCUUGGUGAGCUGCCUGCCCCUCUACAUCCUGAAGUACCUCCGCCGGAGAUUCUCCCCCCCCAGCUACUCCAAGCUGACCUCGUAGGCCGGCGCCGUCCCGCAACCCCCUCCCGAAACGUGACCCCCUGCCGCCCCUCCAUCCAGAGGUUCACCCUGUAUCGAGGCAGAUUGCAGUCUCGGCACUGGUUUUGGUGAGGCUAUCGUGCUCGUACGUGUUCGUGGAAAGAUCAGGUACAGAACAUGAAAAUCCAGACCAAGCUUUUGUUUCAGCCAACCUGUUGAGUAUAAAGAGUCAGUCGCGGCGUAUUCAACUGAUUGGUUGAAACAAAAUCUUGGUCUAAAUUUUACUUUCUGGACCUAAACUGUCCACCUCUAUUAUUUUUGUUUUAAUUGUUGUGGAGGAGAUAGCAAAAUUAUUGGGAAGUCAUGGUACGGUUAUCAGUUCCGAUCCCCAAAUUCUUUUGUGCCAUUUUUUGAAGCCAGAUGAAUGGAGUUUGACUGGGUUUGAUCGGCGAACUGCUUCUGCCCAUGUAGCCCAGGAUAGCUGUAUAUGCCAAGAGAAGAAACGCCAAACUUUUCAAACACAGCAUCAUUAGGAAGCCGUGACUGAAGCGCGUGGCGAGUUUCCCUGACACCAUGGCGACAUCCUAAGCAUGCUGUUUACCUGGAAAUCAUCUGGCAAUGUUGCGUUCUCAUUUUUUUUGCACUUUUUAGUCCUUUCUGCAGUGCGGAGGAGCUGUUUACGCUGCCGCCUUGCAGACUGGGCUGUCCAGGGUGGGAGAGAUUUAGGAGGCUCUAGGGACGUUUAACAAACAUCCAGGGAAUGUUUCUGCAACUUUAUUUACCGGUGCACAGGUCUCUAGGCGCCGCAUAAUUUAUGCACACUGAACAUUGUGUGCUUUAAAAAGGAACAAAAGGGGAAAUAUACAAGUUUGCCAACAUUAGGCCUAAUAUAGCCACAGGUGAAAACUGGAAUUAACAUAUUGCUAUGAGAUGUUUUUAACAUUUUUAUGAAAGUGCCGUUUUUUUUUUUUCUUCUUCUUCAAACAUAGGAGGUUAAAUCUUAGGUAUCAUAUGUGGAACUAUUUUGCCAGGGGAAUUAAUGCAGAAUUAUUAUGUGCCAUUGGGCUGCAGAAGGCUUCUGAUGAGCUGGGCAAGUGGAGCUGUUAACUGGGUACGCUGUGUUUUUGGUGCAUGAUGCAGCUUUUUGAGACGGAAGUGUGUAUCUCAGCAGCUGGUCGGAGUAUGACUCACGCUGCCGGACCGACUAAACCGGUCAGCAGGCUCAGGGAGGCCUUUCGCGCAUCUGGAAGGCCUUGUCUACCCAGAACCGCAAACAAGUUACUAUUCGCGUGUGCCACUGCCACGCCAGCUAAAUCCCCCCCCCUCCACCCCCGACGUGUGCUACACAGCCGCAGAGUUGCGUGUGCUGUGUCUGUGUCUCGCGGUCACCCGUGACGCCAGCGUGACUAAGCCGUAUGGUCAUCGGCUGCAAUUAUCCCGCCACACACCUCCCCGACCGUGACUGUGGCGUAAAACACCCUGCAGCCCACCCCCAGGAAUUCUGCAGGGCGCGUUGUUUUAGAAUAGCACCUUUUAUAGUGAAUACCUGCAGAAUGUAACCCUUGCCUGCAUGGAAAACAGACUGCGAGGAGCCAAGUGCAUGGCAGAAAGCAAAGGGGGCGGGGCUAAUCUCAGAUUUUUCAUUCAGCACUGUCAGGUAAACAAGUUUGAGUGGAUGAACACUCAAAUCCUCAGUUUGCUAGACUCUUUCAUCUGCAGGUUUGAAUAAUAUGGUUCGAAAAUACUAUGUGAUGUAUGUGUCCUUUUGCCCUGUUCUGCAAAAUUAUCUAAGACAUGAAGGACCUGUAAAGGAUGCCGUUUAAGAUAAUGUCACAGACUGGUGAAGCAUAGUGAUGCUGGGUGCCAAAAGUGUUCUCCUGUCUUGGGGAACGUGUCAAUAUCAAUCAGAUAAGUGCUGCAAACGUCUGUCAGUCAGCCGAAUCCAGCAGCACUGGAGACGCUCUGUGGGUCAGAUCUGCUUUUGCUAUGUGCUCGUAUGUUCCCACUAGAGCAGGUGGUGUAAAUUUGCGGUCUCCUGGUGUCGUAAAACGUGAGCUUUGGGAUGCAGUGUAGUUCGUCGAAGUGUUCGUGAAUGGGAAGAGUACGGGGCAUUCCCCCACCGUCACGUUGCAUUUAUUUUUUUUUAUUUUUUAUUUUUUGCCAGUUUUGUAUUUCAGUGUGUCGUGAUCAAAUGUAAAUAACAAAUGGACUUUUUAUUUAUUACUCUUAUGUCCGUAAUUGCACAUCAAGUAAGAACAAAAAGGGAUGAUUGUGCUUAUUAAUGUCGGUGGAAAUAAAACAUUUUCUGUUAUUUCUUA